CAGCCUUCUGGUUUCAACCAGUGUGCCUGAAUGCACAUUUUGACUCGGGACCAUUCCUAAUCCAGGCCGUAGGCGAGGUCAAGGAUAGCAGGGUUCGGUACAUGAAUCGGGUUCUCGGUAGGUCCAGGUCCAAACGCCAACAGACAGGAGCCAUGUGGGAUUGUCAGUCGAAAUAUGUCUGCAUCUUCCUCCUGCUGGCUCUGUCAGGCCUCUUCUUCCUGUUCCGUAACAUCAACAUUCUGGAGUGGAAGCUCAACAGUACAUUGGACUUAAGCAGCAUCCACUCAGAGGGCUCUCCUCCUUGCCUCGAUCGCAAGCUGAGCUUCUUCUGUAGCCACCUGGUCCAGGAGCCCUCUACCGAGGAGGCUCUGGAAGAUUGUUCCCUCCUGGAGUCCAUCGCCGGGCCAGAGCCUCUGCCCGUGACGACACCCCUGGACCAGACCAGUGACCCUGCACACAGUCUGUUUGCAAUCCUUACAGCAGGGGGAGGGAGAGAGAGGCACGUCGGGGACCAGCUAGAGGCUCUGGUCCUUAUGAACGAUUUCCAGGGGCGUCCCAAGAGCCGUGGCGGGGACUUCCUGCUGGCCCGGCUGCACUCCCCAGAGUUGGGGGCGGGCGUUGCAGGACAGGUACUAGACCACUUGAAUGGGACCUACUCUGCUAUUUUCCCGUUACUCUGGGAAGGGUCUGUAUGGGUGGAGGUGACACUGGUCCAUCCUAGCGAGGCAGUUUCUCUUCUACGGCGCUUACAAGAGGAACGGCUAAACUGGGUGCCUUCCAAGAGCCUGUUCCGUUCUGGAUUAUUGUCUGAGACCACCGAGUGUAACCUGUGUCUGCCCAACAACCAGCAGCCACUGUGCGAUUACACAGACCCCCGUACGGGGGAACCUUGGUUCUGCUACAAGCCCAAGACGCUGGCUUGUGACACGCGGAUCAACCACUUCAAGGCAGGCUCCCAGACAUAUCUGCAACAUCUGACCAGCAAAGAAGCGCUGCUCUUCCAGAGUGGCAUCAACAUCAACGUGCAUAUUCAUGCAACGGGGUCUGACAGCGUCACUGUGCUGCCAAAGGAGAAAGACAAACCAGAUGAGACCUAUCAGGACCCUCCCCUCCCCUCCAGGACCCCUCCCUCUGGGUAUUACUACCAAGGGUCAUGGCGGGCGCUGGAUGGUGUCGUAAUACGCCAGUUUAACGACCCCGCUGCCGUUAUUAAGUGUCUGAAGGGCAAGCAGGUGUACAUGUACGGAGACUCCACCGUUAGACAGUACUAUGACUACCUCACCAGCUUUGUGCCAGAGCUGAAGAAGUUCAACCUUAGAAGUCAUGUGAGAGCGGGGCCAUUCAUGGCAGAGAACAUCCCCAACAACAUCCUGUUGAAGUACCGCUGCCACGGCCCCCCCAUAUUCUGGCCCCCUCUCAGUGUCAGUCAGCUGCACUACGUAGCUAAUGAGCUGGACGGCCUGGCCGGUGGUUCAGACACUGUUGUCGUCAUCAGCGUUUCGACCCAUUUCAGCUUUUUCCCUCUGCAGGCCUACAUUCGCCGACUAAGACGUAUUCGAAGGGCGGUGGUUCGCCUUCUGAACCGAGCUCCGGGGACCGUAGUAGUUGUGCGCUCUGCCAACCUGGACCAAAGGAAGGACAACUUCAUCAACAGUGACUGGAUCUUGACCCAGCUGGACAGGGUGCUCAAGGCCAUGUUCAGGGGUCUGGAUGUGAUGCUGCUGGAUGCCUGGGAGAUGACCCUUGCCCACCACCUCCCCCACGAUCUUCACCCAGCCCCCCCCAUCAUCAAGAACAUGAUAAACACAAUCCUCUCUGGUGUCUGCCCCCUGUCAUCAAGAACAUGAUAAAUAUUGAAUAAUGUAGUAACCAACAAAGUGUCCUUCUUCUUAGUUGUCCGUGUCUCUUCGAUGACUUGUCAUGUAGUCUGGAGCAGAAGGUUCCCUUCGUUCUUUGUUCUGGAAGGUUCUGGUCCUUAAACGUUUUUGUAUUUCUUCUUCCUGAAAAGUCUGAUAAGACAAAAUAAAGUUUGGGCUGUUUUUACUUGA